AACAAUGAUCUCAUUCAUCAUAGGGUUUGGUUGACACCCACACAGUUCUAUCUGAGCAGAGGACACACUAUUAUCUUGAGGCUAAAUUGUGUUCUGACAACCAUCCCAUGAUCUUAUCUGCAAAUGUGACCCAAGAACUUGGUAGGAAGACCAGUGUUUCUGCCACGGUGAAGAACUUAUUAAGUGAAGUGGCAUCUCUAUCAGUUGCUGUGGAGUGGCGGUGGGACACCAGCACCAGGCAGUAUUCCCUGGAGGCUGAACUCCUCUUCCCUGGAGUGGUUGGAUGCAGGCUGCUGGGGCUGAUGGAGUCAAAGGUGGGAUCGUGGCACUCUGGGCUCAGGCUGAAAUACAGUAUAGGAGAUGAUGCCAGGCUCCUGCACCAGGAAUGCUUCACAUCACAGAAACUGAAAAGCGAAAGAGAUGCAAACCUCACUUACAUCGUGAGGGCUGAUCAUGAAUUCCACUGCACCAACAUGGAUCCCAUUAAUCAUAAGAUCCACCUUAAGCAUGAAGAAGGAUUCAGCCACAUCUAUUCAGUCCUGGAUGUAAGCUAUGGCAAAAACUGGGAUGAUAAAAAUAACAAGGAGAUAUUCUUCCUGAACCAGUCCUUCAAAAAUCUGUCCAGUCCAAACCACACCAGUUACACAUUGGCAUUCAAUCUACAAGUACCAGAGGCAAAUCUCAAUUGUAGAAUUCAACUUCUGCACUGGCACUUACUGCAGCUUGGCUCUGAAAGUACCACACACCUAAAAAUCAAUUACAACAACCAGAUACCACUUGUAGCCGAAUUACACUGGAAACACUUAACCAAAAGUUUUCAGCAGAAGAAAUGGGAAGCCAUAUUUAACAUGGAUACUCCCUGGAUGUACAUCUAUACCUCCCAUAAGCUGAGCCAGCUGCACCACCACACCUUGCAGCUCACAUCAGAGCUGAUGACCAGCAAGUGGCUGAGCAUCCGUAACCUCAAGAUGAGGGGCUUGUACAGGUACAGGAGCAGAGACAAGGAGGUCCGUCUUGUGCUCUACACACCAGCCACCACCUACCUUCAAGUAGGGGUGCAGAGUGCUGUGAGGAAAUGGGCUGUAGAGGCUUCUGGCUCCCUCAGCUCACUGUGGACUCCUUCUCUGAGAGGAAACAUCUCUGUGGAAAUGUCUAAAUUCCUUUGUGCUCUGCACAUGAGUGCUUCUUAUGGCAAGCAAAACAUCAGCUUUAUUGCUACUUUGAACACUGCUGAUAAGAUGUUGAGAAAGAGACAGAUGACAUUGAAUAUGACCUCAUCAAAGCCAAGGACUCCAACCACUGUUGUGUUUUUGAAGGCGUCAGUAGAGGACCUAAGAAGGGACAAAAAGAUGUUUCAGAAAACUGCAGUGCUUCAGCUGAGGCAGCCCUUCCAGUCCUUACCCCAGGACUUCCUUCUGCAAAAAACCUUCACUGCUGACCUCCAAAAAGGCUGCUACAUCCUGGAGACUAAAGCUGCUGUUAAUAAUAAAGAAAUCCUCCACACCCUGACAUUGGGCUACAGAGCCCCAAACCCCUUUCUUUGCUCUGCACUGCUCCAUCCAUUCAGUUCUGACACAGUUCCAUCAAACUUGACACUCUGCAUUACAGUCUCCAGCAACCAGACCCACAAAAAUGUAAGUGGGAGUUUUCGGGUAAAAAAUGAAGAAAGAUUGACUUUCUCUGGGCAAUUUCAGGGGAAACAUUUGCCUUUAAAUUAUCGAAUGCUUAAAGUUAAAGCAACUUUCAAUCAGCGGCUUAAGCUGCAGCUGCCCUCAUCUGCUCUAAUGGAAGGAAACCUGUGUUGGGGCAUAAAAGACAAUGAUGAGUUUGACUAUCUGGCCAGAGGACGUCUGAGAAUAGAACGACAGGGAUACCAGAUAUUUAUGCAGAUAAAUGGGACAUCAGGUAGAGUUGGCCUGCAUUCUUCUCUUAGUCAUCCCUUCAAGUCAAAGAUUCCAAAAACUUUGGAGGUUAAGGCCUUUGCAGACAUCUCUGUGCCUGGCAAAAUGAAAAGCUUGUUGCAUAUAAUCAUUAAUGGGAAAAACAGAGUGAUUCUGGACUGCCUCAUGUCCCAAAUGUUUCUAGAAGAAACCAGGACUGCAGGACUUGAGCUUAACUUCACCCAGAGCAUACUGCCAACAGUUUCCAACCUGUUUGCAAAUCUAUCUGCCAACAUAUCAAUAGACAGCAUCUUUCUGUGUGGUUCCUUUUCUUAUGGACCGGGGACUCUGCUGGCCCAAGUCAAAGGGUCUCUAAAAACAUCCAGAAGUCUGAGGCUGUAUCUGUCAGCAGACUUGAGGCACUCCCUGCCCAGCCUUAAUUGUCUGCAUACAAACCUGGAGCUGAAUGGAGCUUCAGAGCAGUCUGACUCAUUUGCUGAAGGUGUGUCUGUCAGCAGCAGUGCCCUGGUGGAGUGGACCCAUGAUGAUGAUCAAUCGUUAGCCCUGGCAGAAUUGCAUGCAGGACCUGAACAUUUAAAAAUGCAGUUUCACAGAACAAGGACAGAGCACCUGACCCCUGGAUGGCAUUUCUCCUUAAAGUUGCAGCAACACAUCAAGGCUCUGCUUCAAAGAGGUCUGAUGAGCUCCUUUCAAGCUGAGGCACAUUUCCAGUUUGCAGCAGAGCAGCUGGAUACAGGCUUGGUCCUUCUCAUGGGAGAUGAGAGAACAGCAAACAUCCUUUUUAAGGUUGAAGCAAAAAACAAAACAGUCAUUUUGGUAGUGUCUCUUUGGCAACAGAUGAAGGGGCUUCGGGGACUUAUUCCAACUUCCUCUCAGCUGAACUGCUCAGGAGACGCUACAGAGAAAAGACUGUCAACUCAUUGCUUUGGAGAUGUGGAAGGGCACCCUGUGGAGGCUCAAUUCUCCAUCAAUGGAAGCUUACCUGAGAUUCAGUCCAGGGCUCGGCUCAGCGUUGCCGGACUUGAGGUGCUCACAUCUGGACUUAAUGUGAGCAGAACUGAAGGGUAUCUGACUGCACUCCUCUCCUAUUCUCCAUCGGCUUUCAAUGCAACAAAAACCCGACGUAAAGUGGGUGCAGUUUUCACUGCUCAGUUUGAAGGCCCUCUGAAAAGUGCUUUAAUAGAAGUAACUAGUCAAGACUGGAGAUUACAAAUGACUGGGGACAUCGGAGGCUGGGGAUUACAUGGAGGCAUUAAGGAAGCCAGAUUUACUCUGAGGCAUUCCGCACAUGGAGAGAAUAGCCCUUCCUUGCAGGUUGAGACAUGGGGGAAAGUGACUGACUCCCAGCUAAGGUGCUCCAUGGUGGUAAACCCCGAGCUUAGUUCCUCACUGGUAUUUACCAUCCAGGGACACCAUGUACCUCAUAGUCAGGAGCUCGUGGUUAAGGUGGUCAACAAAGUCCCCAAAAUGAUGGCCUACCUGCCCUGUCAGUUAAGUUUACGGUCUCAGCUGAACCAGUCUCAGUCAAGCACAGAGGCUUUGCUGGAGAUUUCAUCAGGCAGGAGGAGGCUGUGGGCUCUAGGGGAACUGGAGGUCAUUAAAGGUGGUUUCAGACAGACUGUGGAGGUGAAACACUCGUGUCCACAGCUGAAGUCACUUCCCAGGACCAUCACAUUCCAGACGCUGUACAAAAGCAGGGACUGGAACUACCAACUUCAACAAGCAGCCAUAUGGGGGAACCGUGAGUUCAGCUUGUUUGGCUUGUAUGCUGCUCCUCCAGAACUCAAGCUGGGAAACCAGACCCUGGAAGUGCGUAUCAAAGGCCUUUCCCGUGAGACCAACCUGGAUUUGCAAAUGGAGCGCUCCUUACAUGGAAGGUUGGACAGCAUUUUACUGGGCUGGAUGAGGCGAGGACAGCUGAAGAAGGUCAGAGCUCUCAGAGCCUGGAGUCAAUCUGAGGAAAGCAAUGAGACAAAGGUGGAGCUCGAACAGCCCUUCUUCCCUGCGCUGGGCCAGCUGUCCCUGCAGACUCUUUCCCGCAGCUCAGAAAGAGAACAGCACAGCAGCCAGCAGACCCAUCUGUCCUGGGAUGGAGUUGUCCCUCUCAACGUUUCCCUCAACCUUGAUAAACAGUGGGGGGCCAACACCAGCAGGGGGCAGGUGUGUGCUCUGAUGUCAGCACGAAAGAUGACAGCAUCAGCCUUGAAAGGCUGUGUGUCACUUAGCCAGGAGGAAAACUCCUACUCACAGAAUACAGUGUUGGAAUGGGAUAGAAGACGUGUGAUGCAAAGUGCAAAGUACCAGAAAGACUUGGUGGGCGUCCACAGCCUUCAAGUCAAAGUAGAUCUGGACAGAGAGCUUCUUGGUCCGUGUCCUUCACAAACAUUUGUGGCCAAAGUUGAAACCAACCUAGAAGAUCAUUUUGGUCACAUAGUGAUGCUGGGCUGGUGCCCCCCUCAGCCUGUUCUGGCAUGGUUGGGAUCUCACAGAGCAAACUCGGUAGAGACUCCGUCUCAUCUGCCAGUUGUCGGUCGGUCGUACCAAAGCAGCUUCACCCUCGCCCUCAUCAACUCCUCCACUAUUUUAGGAGCCAACAUGUCUCUGUUCCCAGAGAUAGGUCAUUGGAACCUCAGGUGGGAGGUUCUGUCUCAGCCUCAUGGGUCAGGUCUCCAGGUUCAGGCCUCAUUGGAUCACAGAGAGAAGAUUUGGCUGAACUGGACUGUGGAGGACCAGUGUCUUCGGACCACCGCUGGCUAUAAGAGUAGUCCAGGCCUCAGCGAGGAUUUCACAGUAUCCAUGUGUGUGGAAGCCAGACGCAGUUUGAUCAUAAACGUCAAGAGAGGAGUUGACAGCAACAAAUCGGAAACUCUGGGAGACUUGUUUUUGGGAGCAGCAAACAGGAAACUUAUUCUUAGAAUGACUGGUAGUUUGGACAGUUUAACUGCUGCAGAGGAGCGUCUGCAUUAUUGGAGUGCACACAUCCGCCAUAAGCUCAGGGAGAAAAUGAAGACAUUACAGCAUCUCUUCGCUGAAUUAAAAAAACAGUUUAGAGACAGCGAGCUCCUGCAGGAGUUGAGCACUGCGCCCCUUCAGAUUUCACAACACGCCACAGUUCUGCUGGAACAAGGAAGUGGGGAUUUGUUGGCUACGUGGCACAGAAGCUCACUGCGCCACACCCUGACUGACACCUUGCCCCGCUUCAUGAGUUUGCUGCAGCACUUCUUUUUGCUGGGAAAGCAGGAACUGAAAAGGCCGCUGGCAACUCUGGCAGGUGUGUACCACGACGUGAAGGGCCAGAGGUUGGAGGAAAUGUGGAGUGAAGCAGUUCUGACUUGGAUUGACAAACUGAAGGAUCUUCAGGCAGUUCUGCGGGAAAACCACCAACUGAAAGUAUUUUCACCCGCUGGAGUCGCCAUGAUCAAAGCUGUUUUUGAUGUGGCUGGCCAACAUACCUACAGUUGGAUGGAAAACAGGCUUGCCACGGCUCUGUCUGGAGUCAGGAAACAACUUGCUUCUUUGUAUAAAUUUUCCCCCAGCGAGUGUGCAGUGACUGUUUCUGUGCCGCUCCCACAUCUUGCCUUAUCCAAGUUGUCUGAGCCAGGGCUAAUAAGGAUUCUUCUAGAAGAGUGGCUCCUGAGGCCUCUGCAGGCCUUCUCCUCUAUGAGACCCACCGCGGAACUUUAUCGCCUCAAAAGAAAAAUUAUGGAUAGCCCUUUCAUACACCAAGCUCUGCUGGUGUCAAACAAGUUUGUGGUGACUUUUGAUGGUCAUGUGUUUGAGCUACCUGGCUCGUGUCCGCUGCUCCUCGCCCAGGAUGCCAGUAUCCAUCCGUCAUUCACACUGCUGCUCAGUGCAGAUCCACAGAGUCUCCUCCUGGUACACAUGAACAACCACACCAUCCACAUUCACCGCAACGGCCAAGUGAAGGUGGACUGCAGUAAAACCGUGACACACAGCUUCUUCAGUGAUGAUGGACUGACUGUAAUGAGAAGCUCAAACACUUUACAGGUGUCCAGUCAGAACGGAGCAUCAGUUUCCUGUGAUGUGGUCCUUGAAGUGUGCAGCUUCAAUCUGGACGGAUGGUUACACGGUGCAUCCACUGGUUUGUUUGGGACCAACGAUAAUGAAGCAGGCAAUGAUUUUCCUUUGCAUAACCGAUCACAAGCUAAAUCAAUGGAGGACUUUUUCCACAGUUGGGAGUUGAGACCAAAAUGUAGUAAAGCUCCAACGAUCCCGGCUAAGAUUUCUUCAGUGGCGAUGAGCCCAGUGAGCUGUGACUCUUUGUUCUUUUCUCCAUCUUCACCACUGAGUGCCUGUUUUAGAGUGGUGAAUCCUGGCCAGUUCUUGUUGGUGUGUGAGUCUGGGUCUUUCGAAGCCCCCUGCAGAUUAGCAUCUGCUUUUGUUCAUCUCUGCAAGCGUAACUACAUACCACUGGAGGUCCCGUUCCAGUGCUUGAAAACAUAAAAGAAGAACAAACCAAUGACAAGCAACAAACUAAACAAACGCUUAAUAAAAUAUACCACGAUACCAUGUAAA